AUCUCUGCGGUGACGGUGGCCGAGGUGGCUGGCUGGCUGGUCUGAAAAGAGCGGCGGGAGCGGCUGCAUUUCCUCCCCAGUUACCCGGGAGGCGCCGCCCGGCUUCUUCGGUGACCUGGCUGCGAAGGGCUCUCUGGCGUCGGAUCCCGCGGGAAAGGUGUUUCGUGAUCCUCGGCAGCCAGUGUUGGCACCGGGAGCAUCCCUUGGGACCAAAUGUGCAGUGGACGAUGCCCCUCCUAACCCCACAGAUCCAAGACGAGAAUGACUACAGCUUAGUGGCCAGCCUUGACAACGUUAGGAAUCUCUCCACUAUCUUGAAGGCUAUUCAUUUCCGAGAACACGCUACGUGUUUCGCUACUAAAAAUGGAAUCAAGGUUACAGUGGAAAAUGCAAAGUGUGUGCAAGCAAAUGCUUUUAUUCAGGCUGGAAUAUUUCAAGAGUUUAUUGUUCAGGAAGAGUCUGUUACUUUUCGAAUAAAUUUAACUAUCCUUUUAGACUGUUUAUCUAUUUUUGGAUCAAGUCCUAUGCCAGGGACUUUAACUGCACUUCGGAUGUGUUACCAAGGUUAUGGUUACCCUUUGAUGCUAUUUCUGGAAGAAGGAGGAGUGGUGACAGUCUGUAAAAUCAAUACUCAGGAGCCAGAGGAGACUCUGGAUUUUGAUUUCUGCAGCACCAACGUUAUCAAUAAAAUUAUUCUGCAGUCAGAGGGGCUCCGUGAAGCAUUUUCCGAAUUGGAUAUGACGAGUGAGGUGCUACAGAUCACCAUGUCUCCCGACAAGCCUUAUUUCAGGUUAUCUACUUUUGGGAAUGCGGGAAGCUCCCACCUUGAUUAUCCCAAAGAUUCUGAUUUGAUGGAAUCAUUUCAUUGUAACCAGACCCAGGUGAACAGAUACAAGAUUUCCUUACUGAAACCCUCUACAAAGGCCUUAGUCCUGUCUUGUAAGGUAUCUAUUCGAACAGAUAACCGAGGAUUCCUCUCAUUACAGUAUAUGAUUAGAAAUGAAGAUGGACAGAUAUGUUUUGUGGAAUAUUACUGCUGCCCUGACGAGGAAGUUCCUGAAUCAGAGUCUUAAGUAGGACCUUCCCUGUGAUUUCUACCUGAACAUUCAUGAUAGGUCACAUCCUCAUUCUGGGUAUAGUAUCUCCAGGAGACUGGGUUUUCUAAAGGGAAGAAGCAUGGAGGAGACGCGAACAAGGUCCAUGUACCCUAAUAGUUGCUGUAUAUUUUGUAAGUAAAUGUUUUCAUAUAGUCAUGGAUUACCCACUACUGGACUAUCCUUCGGUUCUGUUUUUUGAACUCAUUAUGAGCCAAGAUGAAUAAUCUAUUUAAGUCAGACAUUUCAAGGGUCUAAAAAUUUAAAGUUUGAUGAAUCCAUACCUGAAAUGUUCUUUUAUUUACUAUUAGAAAGAGCAGCUGCAUAUGGGCGUUGCUUAUUAGUUUGAAUUCCGAAGAAUAUAUCUUAACAGUGGUUCUCCAAGUGUGGCAUCUAGACCAACAGCAUCACCAUUACCUGGAAACUUGUCAGAAACUCUGGAGGUGGGCCAGUAAUCUGUAGCUUAAGAAAACUUUCCCCCAGGAAAUUCUGAUGCAUGCUAAUGUUGGAGAACCACUGUUUUGAAGGAUACUUUUUUGUUUUAAUAGCGCUUAAUUGCACUGAAGUGAUUGCUUUUACAUGUGAUUUCUUCCCAAAUGUUCUGAAGUUUGGGCUUUGCCAAACAAGUCUGAGUAAUUACAUGAUUUAUUUUUAAAGUAUACAUUUUAAAGAAAUCUAUGAACAAGGUAUAUAAAAGAGUCUUCAGAGCUGAGUUACAGGAUUUCUUCUUGUUCUCUGCAACUGUUCAGUGCAGUUAAGUACUGUAGUAAGUACUUAUUAGAUACCUUCUGUUUGCCUAUAAGAGUUUCUCAUCCAAACCAAGAUGUAGAAAACCAGUUAUUAAGUGAUUUUGCACUUUCUUGGGUAGUUUUCCAUCAAUUUUUAUGGCAUGUAGAUGUUUAAUAAAAUGAAAUACUAAAAUUAUCUGGCUUGUUUUCUAGUAGAAAAAAAUAUGUAACUAAAAUAAAGGUCCUGUACCGUGUGAUACAGCUCAGAGUUGGGCAGGUGCCAUUGGCCUUUGUGGGUGGGACAGUUCUUCAUGGGGAAAAAAACUCAUCCCAUUGCAGGAUUCAUUUAGCCUCCUUGGCUCCUACCCACUGACGCCAAUGCUUGUGACCUGUGACCCCCACCCCCCGCUACUCAUGGCUAAAAACCAUUCAUAGUAUUCAUCAAAAACAUUCAUCAAAGUGGUAUAUUUGGAAUGCCUUACCUUAAAAUAGGCCACAUGGCAUGAGAGGAGAUUGGUUUGGAGAGUAGUUCAGCAAAGCACUUCAGGGAAACACUCCCCAGAACAGCUGUGGGCUCUGCUUGCCGGGUCAUGGACAAUUCUGGGUAUCUAGCUCAGAGUGACUCCCUGAUAACUACUGAGACCCCCAAGUCAUCUCAGGAUGCCGGCUGGCACAAAAAGAGUUAGAGUUUUGUAAAGUAUAGUGUAUGUUCAAGAAGGAAAUGAAUGAAUCUACUAAAUGUUGUAUAAACUUUUUUUAGAUAAACAUCAAAAACAACAAAUAUAAAACAUAAUUAUGAAAACAUUUAAUCAGUCAAUUUCAAGGACUAUAAUUUUCCUUUAAAAUAGGGCAGUUAUUUUUGGGUUUUGUUCAUUGGUAUGUCCUGUACCUAGAACAAUGCCUAUUAUGUAACACAUUCAAUAAAUACUUGUUAGAUGAAAGAACCUCCAUUUCAGAUUAUCUUUUAGCAUCUUAUUAGUCACUAUAAUUCCAAUUAUUUAGCUCUGAAUUGAUUUUGGUCUAAUGUAUUUUUUGAAAGUUAGACCUGUGAAGGAUUUAAAAUACAUAUAUAUAUACAUAUAUAUAUGUAUAUAUAUAGGUUUAAUAGGGAAAAAUUGACUUUUUGCACAUUUAAGACCAUUUUAGUUGCACAUAUCUUUAGCUAUUUAGAAUUCGUAAGCUAAUGGAUGUAAUUCUUUCUCCAUCACCCUAACAGGAAGCUACUGAUUUAACACAGAAUUUCUUAUUUAGUGUGUUCUCUUGGACCUAGGAAUUUACUAGUUUAACUUUGUUCAAAUUCCUAUGACAGUCCGCUAGGGGGAGUGUUUUCUCAGGCCAACCAGGACGCACUGGUGACUACAAAUUUGAGUGUCACACACAGAAAAAUAGAAUCUUAUUUUUCAGACCUUUAGUUUUUUGCCUUUUUGAAGUUUAUCUCAUUUUCUUAUUAAAUUUUGCUUACUACAGGAAUGGGUAGUUAAUCUUUUUCUCCAUUUUUAAUGUUUUUCCCUGUUUGAUGAUGGUGUGUUUCCACCUGGAAUUGAUGAAAUGAUUCAAAAUCAAAAUAAAAUGAUUUUUAAAACUCUGCUUUUCUAAUAAAAAUAAAUCUCAUAACACAAUCA